CUUGCAGUGGUUGUGCGAUAUCAAAAUGUUUAGGCUUGAAAAAUGUAUUGUGUACUUACUUGUUGCCUGCAAUCUGGUUGAAUCACGAGCGGAAUCCACAGAAAAUUCCCGAUCCGUGUGCCUUCUGAAAGAUCCGCCAAAUCAGUGCGGAGAAUUCUGCCUUUCGGUGCUCCAACCGCUAUUGGAUCACAUUGUAAAGCACCAGGAGCAAUGGAACACCUCCGAGGCCCUCUGGCUGAACGAAACCCAGGGCAAAUUGGACAGGAUACAGACCCAGCUGGCGGCACAAGCGCUAUCCUUGGAGGAAUCAGCGCAGAAGGUUCCAGGAGACAUCAAGGAUAGACUGGACCGAAUGGAACAUCUUCAGACGACACUGCAGGAGUCUCUAAAGAAAAUGCCAGCUGAACUCGAUGCGAGGCUAAUGAAAAUGGAAAAUCAGCAAAAGACAUUGGGCGACCAGUUGGAAAAUCAAAUCAAUCUCACCAAGGAAUCUCAGCAGGAUCAGUUGGAAGCCCUAAAGAACGCCAUGCCGAUAAAUUUCGAAAUGCGGCUGGCUCAGAUUGAAGAACAGCAGAAGUUACUUCAGGAAACUCUAAAGAAGAUCCCAGAGGAUUUUGAACGGAAAUUGCAAAAGUUGGAGCAGAAUCAGAAGGAUGAGCUGACCAAGCUGGGAGCUCAGCAGUCCGCCAACCAAGUCACACUCAAGGAAAUUUAUACCAAGGUCUUCUGGCCGAAAUUUGAGCGAAUCGGCUCUAGACUCUUCUACAUAAAUCACAAGGAUGCCUACGACUGGCAAUCCGCUGUAGACUUCUGUCGUGACAUGGGUGGCUAUAUAGCCGCCAUCAAGGAUCAAGAGGAGCUGGACGCCAUUUCAGCGAGACUGGACGACAAGAGCUACUGGCUGGGCAUAAACGACUUGCAAAGCAGUAACACCUACGUAUCCGUGGCAUCCGGCAGGGAAGUUGAAUUCCUCAAUUGGAAUGCGGGCGAACCCAAUCACGGCAAUGAAGAUGAGAACUGUGUGGAGCUGAUUAGGAGCAAAAUGAACGAUGAUCCGUGCCACAGAAAGAAGCAUGUUAUUUGUCAAACCGACAAAGAAGUUUAAAUGAAAACACUGUCUUUGCAUAUUCGAAAUAAAUAAAAGAUACAGAUACUAAAAACU